UAAAGCUCCAAAUCCCUCCUCCAGUACAGCACUCAAUAUCCCCUCUCUUUCGAAAAACUUUGCCACGCCAUUAAUCAAUCAACCCUUCUCUGUCCCUCUCAGCUCUUUUAACGGUCUUUAGCCGCAUCUAUAUCUCUUCGACUGCGCUUUCUUUCUCCGGCUGCUACUCUCUUCCCUCCAUUUCACAACUUUUCACUCGUCUGCUUAGAUCUGAUUGCAAAACGAUGCCGGUAUUACCUAGUGAGGGGCCGGAAUCCUCUUGUCGCCACCACACUUAUAGCAGAAAACAGAAAUCCCUUGGUCUUCUAUGCACCAAUUUCUUGAGCUUGUAUGAUAGAGAUGGCAUUGAAGUCAUUGGGCUAGACGAUGCUGCUCUAAAAUUGGGCGUUGAGAGGCGGCGAAUCUAUGAUAUCGUUAAUGUUUUAGAGAGUGUCGGUGUUCUUUCAAGAAAAGCUAAGAAUAAGUAUACAUGGAAAGGUUUUGGAGCAAUCCCAAAUGCUCUACGGGAAUUAAAGGAGGAGGGUUUGAGGGAAAAUUUAAGCAGUUUUGAUAAGCAGCAAAGCAGCAAUUUUGAGAAAGUUUCAGAUGAUGACAAUGAUGAUGAGGAUGAUUGGGAUUCCAACCCCAACAUUGGAAGCCAGAAUGAUAAUCCAAUUCCUAGUGGCAUUGUCAAAUCAACGGCAGCCUCAAGAUUUGAUAAUAGAAAAGAAAAGUCAUUGGGACUUCUAACACAGAAUUUUGUCAAGAUUUUCCUGUGUUCUAAAGUGAACCUAAUCUCUCUUGAUGAAGCUGCAAAACUAUUGCUUGGGGAUGUCCAUAAUUCGUCGAUUAUGAGAACAAAAGUUAGGCGGCUCUAUGACAUUGCAAAUGUGCUUUCUUCCUUGAAACUGAUUGAGAAGACUCAUACAGCAGAAACCAGGAAACCGGCGUUCAGGUGGUUGGGUUUGGGAGGGAAAUCUGACAGUGGAUUAGCUGAUACUUUGGCUGAGCCCAAGAAAAGAAAAUUUGGGGUUGAUGUGACUAACAUUUGUUUCAAAAGAACAAAAGAUGAUUCCUCAGCCAAUUGGAGUAGAUGCGAUAAUUUAAAAAUGCACAAUCAAAUAAAAGUUGAGGAUGUAGUGACUAUUGCUGAUAGAAGCAAUUUGGAUCAGGAUUCACAGGAGGGCUCAAAGAAUUACCGGUUUGGCCCUUUUGCUCCUGUUACAGUAGCCAAAGUUGGUAGCUCUGAGAAUAAAAUGACUCAGAUUCAUGAUAUGGAGAGCCUCGCAUCUACAUACCGCCCUCAGUAUCACAAUCAAGCUUUGAAAGAACUCUUUGCUCAUUACAUGGAAGCAUGGAAAACAUGGUACACUGAAGUUGCUGGGAAGAAACCAAUAGAGCAAAUCUCCUGAUGCUUCUCUGCAUUUCCUAAUGUGCUAAUUUAGAUAGAAUGGGAGCCCUCUUAAUUUUUUGAUACAUUAAAGCAUAAAGAAGAGAUGUGGCCUUAUUAUGCCCAUCCUCCGGAUAUUUCAUUUAUUGUAGUGUUGAGAUAUCUACACAUUUGCUCAAUGUGUAGCAUUUGAUUGUAUGAAUGACUUGCAAAUUUACAGUUGGCAUUCAAGUGCAGAGCACAUGUUUCUACUUAA